AUGAGUUCGCCGGCGAACCCUUCUGGCCCUCUCACUCCCCCUGCAGAACCGUCGUCACAAACCGCACAACCGUCCCAACCCUCUCAAACAACCGCACAACCACAGAUCGAAGCACUUCUCUCCCAACCAUUGACUUCCCUGUCCGACGACGGCAGCUCUAAGCGACCUCGAGAUCAUCGACUAAUACAUUUACUGCUCGCUUCCCAUGGCAUCAGCGCUUACCAGCAACGGGUUCCAUUACAGCUCAUGGAUUUUGCUUAUCGGUACACCAAUUCCGUCCUGACUGACGCUCUACAUAUUCAGAACGAGGCCUAUGAUCAAGCAGAUACAGGGACGUCAACCAAAGGAAGGGGCGCGAAACAAAACCAGGCCAAAGCCGAAGAAGGCGACGUCAGUCUGGCGGCACUACGCAUGUCGAUAGGGUCGAGGGUGGGACAUCAAUUCCAGGGCAGUUUACCCAAAGAAUUCCUCAAAAGCCUGGCCGAUGAAAAGAAUCGCAUAUCAUUGAAUGCCCCGCCCAGAGAUAACGAGAAGAGCGGACCAACACUAGGUGGUGUUAGACUUCCUCAUGAGAAGUUCUGUCUUACUGGCAUGGGCUGGGGGUUGAAGGAUGAAUGGGACAGCGAAGGCGAGGAAAGUGUCGAGUCAGAACAAGACCCUCGACCAGAGCCAGAAGACCUGAUGCAGAUGGACGAGAAAGGCGGUGAUGAGGAUGAAGAAGGCAUGGGCACUAUGGAGGAUGUCUUUGGUCCUGAUGCGGCGGGCGGCGAUGGUGACAAGGAUGAAGACGCGGAGAUGCAGGGUUGA